UGGCAGUUGUUGGAAUUGACAGAUGUUGCAGCUGUUUCUACCAGGGCUCUAUACUGCCAGAGGUCGAGAGAAGAGAAAGGGUCCCAUGAUCUCUGCCGGUGAUGCCGAGUUCCCGCGGGAUUACCACACCCUGGCUGCCGGCGGCGGCGGCCGCGGGGCCCGGCGGUUCGCCGACAACAGCAACGGCGGCUUCACGUCGUCCUCGCUGGACCGCCGGCACAACUCGGUGGCCGCCAAGAGCCUGGAGGCGCUGAACAGCAUCCACAAGGCGGACAUCGAACGCCAGCGAGACGCCCUCAUGGACCUCCAGAAGAACAAGUACACCAACAGCCCCGGCAGCCUCUCGCAGGGCGCCGCUCCUAUUGGACGACAGCAACAACCAAACUACUGGAGCUUCAAGUCUCGCACCCCUCGUGUGACUCGCCUCAGCCCAACGCAGCCGGCUCUCGCUGAUCAGGCCAACAGGGUGUCCUUCGCGUCGGCUGAGAACUUGGAGACCAUGUCGGAGCCUGACAUUCCCAUCGGCUUCAACCGGAUGAACCGGCUCCGCCAGAGCCUGCCGCUGGCUCGCUCGUCCAGCCAGGCCAAGCUGAGAGCUCCAGGGAUCCUGUUCCUCCAGCUCGGGGAGGAGACUCGCAGAGUGCACCUGACCCACGAGCUGACCAGCCUGGACACUCUGAGGGCGCUCAUCGUGCACAUGUUCCCGCAGAGGCUCACCAUGGCCAUGCUCAGGUCUCCCAGCACAGCUCUGUUGAUCAAAGAUGAGACCCGGAACGUCUUCUACGAGCUGGAGGACCCGCGGGACGUUCAGGACCGCUGCGUAAUUAAGAUUUACUGCAAAGAGCCCGUCUACGGCACCUACCCCGGACACCACAACCCACACCUGGCCAACGGAGACCUGAGGAGAGAGAUGGUGUACGCUCCUCAGGACUCACCGCCCAGCCGCCGCCUCAGCAACCCGCCCAUGUCCUCCCAGCAUUCAUCCUCCUCCGCCUCGCCCCAGAGCUCUCCGUCUCGUGCCCGACUCCUCUACAGCGGGGGCCGACCUUCCUCCUACGCCGGGCCCCCUCACCACACUCACUCCCUUCCUCACCCACACCCUCACCCACACUCCCAGUCCCACCACUCCUCUCCCCACCAGCAACCACAGCUCCACCAGCCCCACCACGCCCAGCAGGCCUUCGCCGCUUCCUCCAGCGCCAUCCUGGAGCGCAGGGACGUGAAGCCUGACGAUGAGGUGGGGGGAUCCAGGAGCAUGGUGCUGCUGCGGGGGGACGAGCGUGGGGGAGGGGGGAUCUAUGCAGACCCCUACUCUCUGGGUCCAGAAUCAAGUCGGCUGAGUCUGGCAGGAGGUCCUCACUCCCCCCUGCCAGCUCGAGCAGACCCCUAUGGCUCCUUAUACCGCAGAGGAGGUGGAGGAGGAGGCGGAGGAGGAGGAGGUGCUGGAUCAAUGCGGUCUCUCACCUCUUACACAGCAGCUGCUUUACAGGGAGAGCUCAUGGAGAGUGGCGCCCUCUACAGGCCAGGAGGACCACUUUAUAACGAUGCCUACGCUGCGUCCAUGUUGGCCAUGGGGCUGCGGGUGCCUCAGCCGUCCUCCCCUCAGAAGAUACCCGACAUGAGAGAUUCCUACGGGGGUACGAUGCCCGGCCGAGGCUCUCCGGGGAGGCAAAGCUUGAGAAGGGACUCUGUGACCUCUUCAGUGUUUGGGGACAGUCCCAAAGCCCGGGGCCAGGGCCCAGGGAUGGGACUGACCGCAGAGCAGCUCUGCUUGAUGGCCGGUCCUGGAGGAGAGGGAGGGGGCGCAGGAGGGUUUGGAUCACCUCUAAUGGGGAAUGAGACAGAAACCAGGGAGCGUAUGGAGGCCAUGGAGAAACAGAUAGCGAGCCUGACGGGGCUGCUGCAGAGAGUGCUGAGCAGAGCGCCUGAGGCUGAGAGCCCGGAGAAGAUUGAGUCAGCCAGUGACUGCUCAGGAACUGACACUGGACGCACUAAAAAAAAGAAAGCUCUGACUCCGUCUGCUCCUUUGGCCCUGAUGCCCCCUCCGUCCUCAGGGGCCCACCAGCCGGUGACAGUGUCCCGUCUGCAGAUGCAGCUCCACCUACAAGGCCUGCAGCAGAACACCAACGCCCUGCGCAAGCAGCUGUCGCAGCUACGCAACAUGCAGCUGGAGAACCAGGACUCAGUUUUGGCUCUGCUGAGGCAGACCGAGUCCGAGCUGAGCCUCAUGAUGCUGGACGCUAUGCGCACGCAGGAGGACCCGCUCCAGAGACAGCGCCUCCUGGUGGAGGAGGAGAGACUUAAGUACCUGAACCAGGAGGAGCUGCUCAUCCAGCAGCUGCAUGACCUGGAGAAGUCGGUGGAGGAGCUGCAGAGGAACUCGUCGGUGAACCACGGCCUGGUGACGGAGCAUGAUGUGGAGCAGAAGAGCAAAGAGCUGAGGAUGCUGGGAGAGACGCUGACGGAGCUGAAAAACCAGUUUCCAAGCUUGCAGAGUAAGAUGCGGGUGGUGCUGAGGGUGGAGGUGGAGGCUGUGAAGUUCCUGAAAGAGGAGCCGCACCGCCUGGAUGCUUUGCUGAAGCGCUGCAACACCAUGACGGAUGCGCUCAGCACGCUGCGCAGCGGCGUGUAUCCUUCCUCUGUGUUCAGACAAGUCACAGAGGGAGUGUGGAAGGGCCCCGAGGACCUCUCUAGCCAAUCACAGAAGAGAUCAGAGGACAUGAGUCGCGCCUCUGAUCUGGACAUCCUGAACAGUCCUCCUCUGAGCCUCACCGACCUGAGCACCAGCGCCGGUCUCGCUAACUGGAUGCCCGUCACACCCGCGGACUCGGACACAUCCGGCCCGGAGCAGGACAUCCAGCACUCCAUGACCUUCAGGAACCGGAUCCUGGAUGAGCUGCCGAGCCGACGUCCUGCAGAUAAAUCUGUGUCUGCAGAAGUCAGACUGGCUGCAGAGCGCGACUGGGAGGAGAAGCGAGCCAGUCUGACCCAGUUCAGCGCCCAGGACAUCAACCGCCUGCUGGAGGAGACCCAGGCCGAGCUGAUGAAGGCCAUCCCGGACCUCGACUUCGCUGCCAGGCACAUCAACAAGCCGGUGGUGCCCCCCAAGCCCCAGAUCACCAUCCCCUUGACCUCCACCACAGGUACGUCCGCUGCAGCUGGAACCACCGGGACCGCGGCCACCAACUCCACCACCACACCCAGCGGGGACCAGCUGCCCGGGAAGGUGCAGCUGGCCGCACAGAAGCUGAACAAUAUGGAGGGGGCGGGGUCACAUCGAGGGUCGGUGGAUCUUAACGUCGCUCGGUAUCGUACAGAAAAACCCUCCAAGUCUCCGCCUCCUCCUCCACCACGCCGAAGCUUCCCCUCCGCACACGGUCUCACAACCAACCGGACCGGAGACGUCAUCAUGACCAACAAAAACCUGAAGAUGGAAGAAGACGGUGACCUGCCCAAGACUCUGGUGAAGCUGAGGCGGACCCCCUCUGACACCCCCCGACCCGCCUCCACCCCCCCUGUGAUCGCAGCGUCCGGCAUCCAGGACGACGACGACGAGGAGAGGAUCAUCGCUGAGCUCGAGAUAUUUCAGAGGACGCCUGUAAAAGAUAAAAAACAGGUCAGGACUCUACCAAAGGCUUCACCCACUCCUCCCUGCACCUUCAGGUCCUUGGGCAGAAAGAACAGCAGCAACUCUCCGGGCCCGAUCAAGGGUCCCACCGUCGCAGCCAGACUCAAACAUCUUCAGCAAGGCAGCCUGGAGAGGCCAAAAACCCGCAAGCAGAAAGAGGACUUCCCCAAAGUCCAGGGCCAGCAGCAGGUAUUCCACUUCUAA